AGUGAGAGAGAGAGAGGAGUGAGAAAAAAGCAGAGAAUAAAAGAGACCCGAUGUCGACAAAUUUCAUGUCACUGUUCUUAGAAGGUCGUUUGUUUAUGUGAAGAUUUCUUAUCUGGGAUCUCUCUCUCUCUCUAACUCUAGAAAAACUCUUUCUGCUCACUCUCUCUCUCUCUCUCUCUCUAAAAACUUUCUUUCUUUCAGAGACUGGCCCGGCCCAGCGCAUCGAAAUCUCCAUAGACGAUCUAAGCAUCUUCAAAUUGCUGUUACGAAAAUACCCAUUUAUUUGUUUUUUUUAUUUAUUAAAUUUUGUUCCCUUUUUUGCUUCUUUUGUCCUUGCUAGUGGCAGUCUGAGACUCUGAAUGUCCAUGAUUCUGAGUCUUUGGGUAUUAGAAGUGCUGUUGAAUGAUUGAACCCACAAGGGGUUCCUAAGGAGAGGUGAUUGCAGGAUGUAGGUCUGAGGAAUGGGAACAACUGUGCAUUGUAAAAGUUACUUGCCUGGGUAUUACUCCAUGAAGGAUCUUAAUGAAGAUUCUAACAGUAGUGGCUGGCCACUAUUUUAUGGAGAUAAGACCUCAACAAAUGGGCAAUAUUACAAUGACUUCUUGCUGCAGACUGUCACAGAUGCAUUUCCAGGAUACGAUAAGGAUGCAUUAAAGCAGAUAAUGCUCGAGCAUGAGGCCGUAUUCAAGAAUCAGGUGUUUGAACUCCACCGCCUUUACAGAAUACAAAGGGACAUGAUGGAUGAAGUUAAGAAAAGUGUUCUACAUCAACAACGGAUACCAAUUGACACAUCAUCUUCAUCAAUCCCUUCGACAUCUCAAUUGCCUUCUGAAGAUGCUCGGAAAUGGCAAAUCCCUAUUUUUCCCUUGGCAAACUCUGUUUCUACAAAACCAUCUAUUUCGGGUGCUGAGAUUGUUAAUUCUCCUCUAAGUUGUACAAAAGUGAAUAAAACAACAACUGGUCCAAGUCCACUCCAAAAUGGAUGUAGUUCAAAAGAUUAUGAAAUGUUGGAGUUGAGACCCUCAAAGGUGAGGAAGAAGUUAUUUGAUCUUCAACUGCCAGCUGAUGAGUAUAUUGAUACUGAAGAAGGGGAACCGUCGCACGACAAUAAGAUGCCUAGCAUUCCAAGUUAUUUACCAAAUGGAAAUCAUAAGGUUGCACCUGAGAGUGGUGUGAAGUUGUUUCUUGGUGUUGGUGGUGUGAAAAUUGAUCGUCAAGAGGAUGCUUCAAGAUCCGGUUCCUGUUUGAGGAGCUCUAUUGGGUUGGCCGAUUUGAACGCACCCAUUCAUGUUGAAGAAGAAACUGCUCCAGCAUCUGUUGAUUUUCUAGGCCGUGCUCCCUGCCAUGGAGAGUUUAGAGGUCCAGAUCUGUCUGUUAAAUCAGAGUCACAGUUUCUAGGUCUGCCAAAGAAAAUGCUGCAGAAUUCCCAACAUGGUAGCUCUAAUGGGAGUUUGAACAAUAUAUGUGUUGAGAAUAAAAGAAAUGGGAGAGAUUGUUUAUCCUAUAUGUUUGAAGCAGGGCAUAGUAAAAGCAAUCUGAAUUCUUUUUCACAAGGUCUCCAACCAGAUAAGUUGCCUCUACCUUGCCAGCCAAGAUAUAUUAUGCCUAACAAUGCUCAUCAAUCUCGAGUUCUUCCAACCAAUCAUAACAAUGGAGAUCUACGGAGAGAGGGAACAUUUUUCGGUUUAGAAAUCUCUGAAAGAAGUCGUGAUACUCCUAAUUUUAACCAUAUGGAACCAGUUGUGGCUUCCCAUAUGCCCAGUCCAUAUCAAUUUGUUAAUUCCUCUGAUUUGGCCAAUGCUUGGUCUCAAUCUGUCCCAUCUUGGGGAAAGCCAAGUGGUAGCUUGACCCAGAAGUUGACAUCAGUUCAGACACAUCCGUGUUUGAGCUCAUCUGUGACCUUGAGGGGUACUCCGCCUUCUGACCGCCACGAAUUUUUUGGAAACAAGUGGCUACUUGAUAGCAGUUCUAGGUCAAAUCAUGGUUUUAGAAGCAAUACACCUAACCAGGGAGAGAUUUAUUAUGGGUCCUCAUCAGUAUCCAAGGAAGUACCAGCUCACAUCCCUUCAGUUAACUUUGAUUAUCUGAAUUGCAAUAAGGAUGAUAAUAUAGCCUCCGGACGAUCGAUUAAUGGUGGUUCUGGAAACUACUUCAAGGGAUCAAAUGUUGUAGAUUUGACGUCUGCAAACGAUAUGAACUUAAAUAUGGUAUUCUCAAAAAGUUCAUCUAAUGAGGUGGUUCCCCAGCAAAGUCUUGAGAUCAUUGAUGGAGAAAGGAAUCAUUGGGACCGUCCGGCAGCGUUGCCUUGGCUUAGAGCUAAGCCUGCUGGUAAAAAUGAGGUCACCAAUGCGAGGAGGGACUCAAACUCGGUAGAACCCAGUUUCUUCCAAGCUUCUAACCAUUUGUCCAACAAAAGUGAAACGGAUAAAUGUCUCAAUCAAAAUUCUACCCGUAAUAUAACAUCAGCUUCAAGUGUCUCUGAUGUUGGGGCCAAGAAGAGCAAGAUAAGUGACUUCAUGGGAAGUAGAAAGAUCCUUGGGAUUCCUAUCUUUGAAAAUCCUUGUAACUCUAAGAAUGAGCUUUCUUCUCCUGUUUCUACCUCUGCAUCCCUUCGUUGCCAUCCUCAAGGUCAAGACAUCAAGCAUGGAGAGAAAAAAGUAGUAAUCGAUAUAAAUGUAGCUUGUGAUCCUGUGGUUCCUGAGUCUGAUAAACACAUUGCUGCAGAAGUUCUGGUAGAAGAGAGGAAAAUAGAUAUAGAAGUUGCUAGCUGCAGAAACCACAUUGAUCUGAACUUAUCUGUGAGCGAGGAUGAAGUUUUAUUAGCACACCCUGUCGCAAGCACCAGUGCUAAUGUAAAGAUUGCAAUAGGGAUAGAUCUGGAAGCCCCUGUGGUUCCAGAAAUUGAGGAAGAUCUUCCUGAGGAAGAAAGAAAGCAGCAGCAUGAAACACCUUUACAAGCAUCACAUGAUAAAGCUGAAGAGAUACAGGACGAAGUUGUCAGGAUUGCAGCAGAAGCUAUAGUUGCCAUCUCAUCGUCCGGUCAUCAUGAUCAUAUGGAGGACGCUACUUGCCACCCAUCUGAAGCUGCUUGUCUCACGGACUCUCUCCUAUGGUUUGUGGAGGUAAUUUCUACCUGCGGUGAUGAUCUUGAGAGCAAGCUUGGGACCGAGUCAAGGGGCAAAGAUGGUGGAGACAAUGAGGAAUCUUCCCCUCGUGAGAUUGAUUACUUUGAGGCCAUGACAUUGAAUCUAAUAGAGAUCAAGGAAGAAGAGUAUAUGCCUAAGCCUCUGGUUCCCGAUAACAUGGAAGUGGAAGAAACGGGAGCCAUUUCAGUCAAUCGAUCCCAAAAGGGACCAGGAAGGAGAGGGAGGCAGCGGAGGGAUUUUCGAAAGGACAUUCUUCCAGGCCUUGCUUCUUUGUCAAGGCAUGAGGUAACCGAGGAUCUUCAGACAUUUGGAGGGCUGAUGAGAGCUACAGGCCAUCCGUGGAAUUUAGGAUUGACAAGGAGGAGCAGCUCUAGGAAUGGAGGAGCUAGGGGACGGCGGCGGUCACUGGCUGAGCCUGACCUUGCUCCUGCUGUGGCUGGAAACACAAUUUGCACACUGCUGAUGCAGCAGCUUAAUAAUAUAGAAGUGAGACCGGAGGAUACAAGCCUAACGGGAUGGGGAAAGACCACUAGGCGCCCCCGCCGCCAAAGAUGCCCUGCAGGUAAUCCUCCCUCUGUCCCUUUAACCUAAUCAAGGACAAGGCUUUGAUUUAUGAAUUGAGCAUUUCAUAGAGCGCAUUUAGGAAGUAAAAAGCUUCUUUUUUUUUUU